AUGGAAUCUAGCAGUGAUGGGUUGCUACAUUACAACUUGAACUACAUCGAAGCGGUUCAGAAGGGGCCACCAUCGUCAAGUUUGUCAGGUUUCGGUGACUGGCUGAGUGAUGUUGCCCUCCCCGACGGCUUCACCAUCUGUUGUGCGGCCUCAGGCGCUAAUCGCACCUUCCGCGAGAAGCAAAUUUCCUUCUGGAAUCUGCUUCGAAGCUUCUCUCGAGCAAAGAAGCGAAGGUCCUCUGUCGCAAAGCAAAUAAAUUCCCUCGGUGCAGCCGAAGACAAGGACCCCGUGUCAGAGGUGGUCCUACUAUGA